AUGACUUCAAGACAACGUAUAGAUAAUUCCCGAGAUCCGCUUCUUCGCUAUGGGUCUCAGAGCACUGCCAGUUCCGAUACCAAUGGGUCUGGCAAUGUGCACAAGAAUACAACAUUCAAGGACAGAAUCAAUUCGAUCCAAUUCGCCUCUAUAUCCCUCGAGAAUAAGGGAUCCGUGGCCAGAGACCAUGUACGUAUAUCCAUGCCCCUACAAAGUCCAUAUAAAGUACUAACAAUUUAG